AUGAUAGGCUAAUUAAAACAAGUUGUAGCAGCAUAAUAUUUGAAAAGUACUUAAUGGAAGAAAAGUUUGAUGUACAGUAAUUUUUUCUUGGAGGAAACACAAUCGCUGAAUUGAAAAGUCUUUGUUGUCUCGGUAGCCUGUAAAUAUAUAAACCAAGCAUGUGCAACAAAUUCAGAUAUGUCCUUAAGGGAAAAAAAUGGAUGCAACUUUGCUGUAUACCACACUUUCUAUUUGCUUACUAGUACUAGCUCUGAAACUUGUUUCGUCAAAACGAAAACUCAAUCUGCCACCAAGUCCACAACUUAAACUUCCAAUUAUAGGCCACCUUUAUCUCCUUAAACCUCCUCUAUAUCGCACCCUCGCAAAGCUCUCAACUAAGUAUGGCCCUGUUUUCUCUCUUCAAUUAGGUACACGUCUUGUUGUGGCAGUUUCCUCCCCAUCUGCUGCCGAAGAAUGCUUCACCAAAAACGAUAUUGUUUUUGCAAAUCGCCCUCACUUAAUUAUUGGAAAAUACUUAGGCUAUAACUAUACUACUAUCAUUGGUUCCCCUUAUGGUGAUCACUGGCGCAACCUUCGUCGCCUCUGUGCACUCGAAAUAUUCUCCACUAAUCGUCUCAACAAUUUUCAGCCCAUUAGACAACAUGAAAUCAAACUUCUUGUUCACAGAAUGUUUCACAACUCGGGUGGAAAUUUUGGGACUCCUGUUGAACUUAAGUCCAAGCUUUUUCAGAUGUCGUACAAUAUUAUCAUGAGAAUGGUAGUUGGAAAGAGAUAUUACGGUGAAGAUGUAGAUAACGAGGAGGCAAACAAUUUUCGAGAGCUUAUCGAAAAGGUUGUUUCAUAUGGGGGUGUAUCAAAUCCCCUUGAUUUCGUGCCUGCAAUAUUUCGUUGGUUUUCCAGGAGUUCGGAGAAGAAUUUAGCUAGGCUUGGUAAAAAAAUGGACGGGCUCUUGCAAGGUUUAAUUGAUGAACACCGUCGUGAUAAAAGUAAAGUUACCAUGAUUGAUCAUUUGCUUUCAUUGCAAGAAUCACAACCGGAAUAUUACACUGAUCAAAUCAUCAAAGGGAUUAUAUCGGUCAUGCUGAAUGCAGGGACUGAAACAUCCUCAGUGACAAUAGAAUGGGCAAUGUCUCUUCUACUCAACCAUCCAGAUGUGUUGGAGAAGGCCAGAACUGAAAUAGACAACCACGUGGGUGAGGAUCGUUUAGUGGAUGAAGCAGAUUUACCCAAGCUGAAAUACCUUCAAAGUAUUAUCUCCGAGACACUCCGAUUGUUCCCAGCAGCACCAUUGCUAGUGCCUCAUGAAUCAUCUGAUGAUUGCAAGGUCACUGGCUUCCACGUUCCACGAGGGACGAUGCUAUUGGUGAAUGCUUGGGCCAUCCACAGGGACCCGUUACUUUGGGAGGAUCCAGAGAGCUUCAAGCCAGAAAGGUUUGAAGGCGUGGAAGUGGAAUCGUCGAAGCUAUUUCCAUUUGGAAUGGGAAGGAGAGCGUGCCCGGGUUAUGGACUUGCUCAACGUGUGGUUGGUUUAACUUUAGGAACUUUGGUGCAGUGUUUUGAGUGGAAAAGGAUAAGCGACGAGAAGGUUGAUUUGACAGAAGGAAAAGGUCUCACUAUGCCAAAAGCCGAGCCACUCAUGGCUAGGUGUAAAGCACGUGUCAUUGUUCACAAAGUUCUUUCAGAAGUAUCCUAAUGUUUCUAGUGUCUUUCUUGCAUUUUGUUCUUGCUCCAUUCCUUUAGAAAAGUUUGAAUUGGUAAUGUACAAAUAAGGGUGUCAAAGUGUGCAGAUUGUGCUGAAUUUUAGGAAGUCAAAAUGAGUUGAAUCAAUAAAUGAACGGGUAAGGAAUUAGAACAAUGUUAUAAGCCUUUGGAGUUGAUUACAACUCCCAAUUCCAACAAGUACUUGGAAAUGUUUGUUAUUCAAUAAAAAGGAAAAAACACACACAGUUUCUUUCUA